AACCGGAGGAGAAUAGACCCUGGCUUUCCCGUUACUAGGAAAGAGGCGUCAUCUGGCUCCAUAGAAAGAAGGGGAGUGUUUAUUUGCCGUCGGUGUUUAAGCUUUCGUCCUGUAUAGCUUACCUAAAGAGGAGAUGUUUUUUAUUUUGACAAACGGUUGAUUUACAUUAGAGGUAGGCUAAGGCUUUUUUCUAUUUUCGACGCACCGCUGGUUGAGGUUUCGUCGUCAAUGUGACCAUGAAUCCGGCUGAGCAGACGGUGACAUGGCUCAUCACCCUCGGCGUGCUGGAAUCGCCGAAAAAGACCAUUUCGGACCCCGAAGGUUUUUUGCAGUCGUCGUUAAAAGAUGGUGUGGUUUUAUGCAGGCUGCUGGAGCGACUGCGUCCAGGUACUACAGAGAAAAUUUACCAGGAGCCUAAGAACGACAACGAGUGCCUGAACAACAUCAAGGAGUUUCUCAAAGGCUGUGUCGCGUUUCGUGUCGAGCCCUUUGAGCCCAGUGAUUUGCUGCAGGGCCAGAACCUCACCAAGGUCCUUAGCACUCUAGUGGCUCUCAACAAAGUCACUGCAGACAUCAGUGUGGGCAGUGACUCUGUGUGCUCUCGCCUCUCCUCCACCCCACGGAUCAAGUCCUUUGAGUCCCUGUCCUGCCAGUCCUCUCUGGGAAGAUCCUCCAAGAUUCCCCACAACCAGUUCCGGAGCCUGGACAUGACUGAAAACAGUAAUGCCCAGCUGGUGGUGAAGGCUCGCUUCAACUUCGAGCAGACCAAUGAGGACGAGCUGUCCUUCUCCAAGGGUGACAUCAUCCAUGUCAUCCGCACAGAGGAUGGGGGCUGGUGGGAGGGCAGCUACAGCGGCAAGUCCGGCUGGUUCCCUAGCAACUACGUCCGCGAGAUCAAAGAGAAACCUGUGUCCCCUAAAUCUGCAACCCUGAAGAGCCCUCCAAAAGGGUUUGACACCACUGCCAUCAGCAAGACCUACUACAACCUGGUGCUUCAGAACAUUCUAGAGACUGAGACGGAAUAUUCCAAAGACCUGCAGAACCUCCUGUCCAGUUACCUGCGCUCGCUCCAAAACACAGACAAACUCAGUAACUCAGACAUUAGUGUCAUCUUGGGUAAUCUAGAGGAAAUCAGCACGUUCCAACAGACACUCGUCCAGUCCCUGGAGGACAUCACCAGACACCCAGAAACGCAGCAGAGGGUCGGAGGGUUCUUCCUGAAGCUCAUCCCCCAGAUGAAGUCUCUGUAUGUGUGCUACUGCUCCAACCACCCCUCCACCGUCAACGUGCUCAUGGAACACAGUGAGGAGCUGGGGGAAUUUAUGGAGAGUAAAGGGUCCAGCAGCCCCGGCAUCCUGACCCUGACCACAGGCCUGAGUAAGCCCUUCAUGAGGCUCGACAAGUACCCCACCCUGCUCAAGGAGUUGGAAAGGCACAUGGAGGAGGGUCAUCCUGAUAGGCUUGACAUUCAGAAGUGUAUGACCACAUUCAAAAGCCUCUCGGCGCAGUGUCAGGAGGUGCGCAAGCGUAAGGAGCUGGAGCUGCAGAUCCUGAUGGAGAGCAUCCGGCUGUGGGAGGGGGAGGACAUCCACACGCUGGGCUCCGUGCUCUUCAUAAGCCAGGCCAUGGUGCAGAGCCACAGCUCAGAGGAGAGGCACGAGCGCUACCUCCUGCUCUUCCCUCACGUGCUGCUCAUCCUCUCUGCCAGUCCCAGGAUGAGUGGAUUCAUCUACCAGGGGAAGCUGCCAUUGACAGGCAUGAUGGUGACCAAACUAGAAGAGUCUGAAAGCCACAAAAAUGCCUUUGAGGUCUCCGGGAGCAUGUUCGAGCGGAUCAGAGUGAUGUGCUUCACGCAGCAGGACCAGCAGGACUGGCUGGAUCACCUGACCCGCCAGACCAAACACACCACCAUGACGGCGCCCAGCCUCAAGCCUCUCACUGUGCCCUGCCACACGCUCCCCUCCCACCCCCUCACUCCAUCCCGCCAGUCAGAGAGCCGCGGGCUGACAGUGGGCCCCGCCUACCACACCCUCCCGCACCCCUCCUCCCACGGGGCGCCGCACAGCACCAUGAUGUGGGGGCCUCUGGAGCCCCCCAAAACCCAGAAGCCCUGGAGCCUGAGCUGCCUGCGCCCCGCACCCCCCCUCAGGCCCUCUGCCGCCCUCUGCUACAAAGAGCAGGACCUCAGCAAAAGCCCCAAAAGCAUGAAGAAGCUGCUGCCGAAGCGUAAGCCUGAGAGAAAGCCGUCCGACGAGGAGUUUGCCCUGCGCAAAAGCACGGCUGCUCUGGAGGAGGAUGCUCAGAUCCUGAAGGUGAUCGAGGCCUACUGCACGAGUGCCAAGACCAGGCAGACUCUCAACUCAACAGGCGCGAGACGCGACACGGGGCCGUCUGGCCUGUUCCCGGUGGAUGAGAAGAUCGUUGUCGACGGGACCAAGAGCAACGGUCAGACCGUAACCGAGGAGAAGAGCCUGGUGGAUGUAGUGUAUGCCUUAAGAGAGGAGAUCCAGGAGCUGAAGCAGGACAAUAAGAAGAUGAAAAGGUCUCUGGAGGAAGAGCAGAAAGCACGGAAAGAUCUGGAGAAGAUUGUGCGGAAAGUCUUAAAAAGCAUGAACGAUCCAUCCUGGGAUGAGACCAAUUUAUGAGUUUUCGUGUGUGCGUGUGCAUGUGCGUGCGUGUGUGUACAUGCAUGUGUGUGCGUGUAUACAUGCAAAUGUGU